AUGGCGACCCCGCCCCCCGAGGCUACUCCUGUGCUGAAGGAGGAGAAGCCCCAGCUUCCUCCAUCUCCCACUGGAGCUUCCGCCCCCGACGUGCCCACCAGUGCCACCUCAGAUAUCAAAAUGGAAGGCACAGAUACUCCUAUCGACAAGAGCCUACCCGCGGUAAAUGGCAAUGGCCAUAAUCCUGACGCGCCUGCCACCAACGGUACCAGCAACACCGCAUCACCUCCAAAGUCACCCGUGACUGCAGCCAUUACGGAAACCGCACCUGCGCCAGCUCAAGAGACUACUCCGACCGCAAUCGCUGUGGCUGACCAGAAACCUUCCGACCAAGCCACGCUGGCCUCAACAGCAGCCCCAGCUUCGGAAACACCCACUGUACACACGACUACAGAGGAGAAAGCUCCUGCUCCCACUGAACCAUCCCCCGUUCCCGCAUCUGAUCCUCCUGUUGGAUCUGCUAGAAGCCCGGACGAAGAUAUGAUGCAGCUCGAUGGCCCGAGCGACGCGGCCCCGGCCGCGCCUUUGAAAACCGAACUUCCUCACCAUCCCAAUACUGAGUCGGCUACACCAUCUCUCCCACCUCUUCAAACUGAUCAUGAAAUGAAAGAUGCCCCGCAGGUUGCGCCACCCUCGCCCUCCAAGCUCUCUCGUGAGCGUGAACCAGAUUAUGCAGAGGAGCCUGCUGCAAAACGCACCAAGGUGGGCGGUGAGAAUGGUGCACCAGUUGAACUCAAGCACAAAGGAUUGCCUACUCCCACCAUUGACACUUCGAGUCCGAACACUGCAUCUCGACAGUCAGCUGUCACUAAGAUACAGCACAAGUUCCUCACUAAGUGUAUAGCCUCCUUAAAGCGCAUGCAUGAUUCACGCUUCUACCGUGAGCCCGUGGAUCCUAUCAAACUGAACAUUCCAAACUACCUUCAGGUCAUUACCCGACCUAUGGAUCUAGGUACAAUCGAGAGAAGACUGAAGGCCAACGAAUACUCAUCAGCACAGGAAUUGAGUGAUGACUUUGCCCUGAUGGUUCAAAAUUCUUUGACUUUCAAUGGCCCUGAUCACCUAGUUGCCCAAGAAGGUCAAAAACUUAAGGCCACCUUUAAUAAACAGAUGAUCAACCUCCCGAAACCCGAAGAGGUUGAAGAAAAGAAGCCGAAGAAGUUGACGGAGAAAACCUCCGCUGCUCGCCGAGAGCCUCGCACCUCGUUGCCUAGUCAACCUGUGAAAGCAGCGUCUCCCAAGAGCGCCAGCGCUAGCACUACGUUCGCACUGGGCCCUGAGGGCUUGCCCACUAUUCGCCGGGAUUCGUUCAACCCUGACGGACGCCCCAAACGGUCUAUUCACCCUCCUAAACGCGAUUUGCCUUAUUCCACCAAACCUAAAAAGAAGAAAUACAUGUGGCAACUGCGAUUCUGUCAGGAGGUCCUUGACGAAAUGCACAAGGCCAAGCAUGCCCUUAUCGCUACCGCCUUUUACUACCCAGUGGAUCCUGUCGCGCUUAAUAUCCCCACCUAUCACAACGUCAUCAAAAAGCCAAUGGACCUGUCAACCGCGCAGGGCAAGCUCAAAACAGGCCAGUACGAGAACGCAGAGGAGUUCGCGGGCGAUAUCCGUCUCAUGCUCAAAAACUGCUUCAAAUUUAAUCUCCCAGGCGACCCAACUUAUGCGGCUGGUCAAGCACUUCAGGAUCUUUUCGAAAGCAAAUGGAAAGAGCUGGAUUCAUAUGUGAAUAAGCAUGAGCCACACCAGGAACAUCACACCGAAUCCUCGGAAGACGAUAGCGAGGAGGAUGCGGAAGAAAGCGAUGGGGAGGAUAAUGAGAAACUCUCGCUACUUCAAAAACAGAUUGCAGAGAUGUCCCGCCAGGUUGAAAUGAUUCAGAAGAAGAAGAAGACCCCACCCGCCACGAAGAAGUCUGCCAAGGCGAAGCCGGGCAAAAAGGAUAAGAAGAGUAGCAGUGGCAGUAAGAAAGACAAGAAGAGCGGCGGUAGCAGCAGCAAGUCCUCCAAGAAGCAGAACCGCUUCGUGACCUAUCACGAAAAACAGAUAAUAUCCAACGGGAUCAGUAGUCUUCCUGACAAGAAGAUGCAUGAGGCCCUUGGAAUUAUUCAAAGCAACGUUCCUUCUCUAAAGGGCACUCAAGAAGCUGAAAUCGAACUCGACAUCGAUGAGCUCCCCGAUAACGUUUUGUUGAUGCUGCUUGAAUUUGUCAAGAAGAACGUACCACACGUCAUGGAUGAUGAGGAAACUUCUCCCGCCCCUAACUAUGCUGCUCCAAAGCCGAAAAAGAACAAGCCUAUGAGCAGUGCUGAGCAAGAGGCUCAAAUCAAUACACUCCAGAGCAACCUCUCCCGCUUUGAGAGUGGAGGUGCGCCCAUGCCAUCAGUUGAGCACAAUGAGUCCAGUGAGGAGGAGUCGGAUGACGACUCGGAGGAAAGUGAGGAGGAGUAG